GCGAAGAAAUGCAGUUGUAUAGUGCCAUUCGUAGAGGAAAUUGGUGGGCAGUGAAACUUACGGGCUUUAAGUGUUAUUUUUGUAGAAUUAUGCAGUUAGUUGAAUAUUUUAUGUGGAAUUGGUAGAGCAAGAAUGACUGAUAUGAUUUUAACUGGUCCUGAUGCUCGAAAGACAUCUUUUAAAGAUGAUGAUGAGUCGUUGCCUGUAGCACCAAAACGUGCAAGAACUUCAGAGGAUUUUUAUUUGUUCUGCAAAUUUAUUUUGGAGUAUGAAAACUAUGAAGAUUUCAGGGAAGAAUCAGACCAACAGAUAAUAAAAAACUACACUUCAUCACCACUUGGAUCUGGAAUUGAUCAACGUAGUGGAAGGCAGAAAGUCUCUGCAACUCGGGCCAGUAGUUCUAGACAUGGUGUUUCAGCGUAUAGUUCAGAUAAGAUUAAUGACUAUUCAGUUACUGACUCGAGAUCAAAUACAUCUCGGUCACCAAGUGAUGAAUCUGGAGCCAGCUCUGAGGAUAGCCAUGGACGUGAAAGGUUUCCUUCAAGAUCAAGUAAAUCCUCUUUGUCCACCAGUGACUCAGGUGAUGAGGAGGCCAGCUCUGCCUCAGCCCAAGACCGGAUGCGGAAAGGAAUUCAUUUGUCGGACAAAAGCUCCUAUGGGCUGAUAACAUGCUUCUGUAGGAGACCUUAUGCAGGCAGACCUAUGAUCGAGUGUUCAAAGUGCCUUACAUGGAUGCAUCUAUCUUGUGUGAAGAUUAAGAAGUCAAAUAUUCCAGAAGAAUUUUUCUGUACAAAGUGUAAGAAGAAUAAGAAGAACAAGAAUAGUGGUGACUCGGAGCAAUCACGUACAACUUUAUCAAGAUAUAAGUGAAAAAAAAAAAAAAAAAAUAAAGAACAGGGUUAUAAUAAAGACUUGGAAAGCCUCGAGUUACAAUUGCUCGACAGGGACUUCUUGUUUUGCAGCUGUGUGUGUGUGUGUGUGUGUGUGUGUGUGUGUGUGUGUGUGUGUGUGUGUGUGUGUGUGUGUGUGUUAGUGUUUAUAUGGAUUGAGGUACAAAUUACUUGUAGUAGUUACAAGAAUUAAAUGGUUUCCACAAAUUUGAGGUCCCUUUCCAAGCUGGCUUGGAAACUUGUCAGCUUGGUGAUUUUGUAAGCAGAUGGUAAAAGUGCUGAUCAUAAAAGUUAUUUUACGUCUAGGCCAUUACCAAUUAGGUCUUUCAAGUGACUGGAAUGACAAGAAUCAUGAACACUUAAUGUAGCAAUAAAAGGAAACAAAAACCUUUAUUUGAAAUCUGGCUGUGUAACAAUGUUGUCAUUGUUCUUGUUAUUGUUGCAGUUGUUGUUUUUGUACUAUUAUAAGGAUCACCUUUUAGUAAAGAGAUUAACAUAUUUAUACCA